AACCUUCCUAUAAACAACCACUCUUUUCCCUCACCAUUAUAAAAUACCAACCAAUACUCAUGCAAAUCAAAGUACCCAACAAACAAAAUUCUAAUAACUCUAAAAAAACACUUCCUUUUUUUUUUUUUUUUUUUAACUUUCUUGAAAUCCCAAAAUGGUUAAUGAAAAGAAAGUCAUAGAGGAAGUAUCCGGUUGGCUUAGAGUUUUCGAAGACGGUUCAGUAGACCGGACAUGGACCGGUCCACCCGAAGUCAAAUUCAUGUCCGAACCAGUCCCCCCACAUGACGACUUCAUUAACGGCGUUGCCGUUAAAGACGUAGUCCUCACUAACGAAAACUCUAACAGCCGUUUACGCAUUUACUUACCUCAACUUAACGACAACAAACUCCCCGUCAUUCUUCACUUCCACGGCGGCGGCUUUUGCAUUAGCCAAGCCGAUUGGUUCAUGUACUACACUGUCUACACGCGCCUAGCGCGCGUGACCAAAUCAAUCAUCAUCUCCGUCUUCCUCCCUCUCUCGCCUGAGCACCGCCUCCCCGCCGCCUGCGACGCCGGCUUCGCCGCCCUCCUCCGCCUCCGUGACAUUUCCCGGCAACAACUUAACGAGCCCUGGCUCACUGAAUACGCUGAUUUCAGCCGUAUUUUUCUCAUCGGAGACAGCUCCGGCGGCAACAUAGUUCAUCAAGUCGCCGUCAGAGCCGGCGAGGAGGAUUUAUCUCCGGUGAGACUCGCCGGAGCAAUUCCGAUACAUCCAGGGUUUGUAAGAUCGAAACGGAGCAAAUCGGAGUUAGAACAAGAGCAAACACCGUUUUUAACAUUAGAUAUGGUGGAUAAGUUUAUCGGAUUAGCUUUACCGGUAGGGAGCAAUAAGGAUCAUCCGAUAACUUGUCCGAUGGGUGACGUGGCGGCUGCGGUUGAGGAACUGAAAUUGCCGCCAUAUUUGUAUUGUAUGGCUGAUAAGGAUUUGCUUAAGGAUACUGAAAUGGAGUUUUACGAAGUUAUGAAAAAGGGGGGAAAAGAUGUUGAGCUGUUUGUUAAUAAUGGAGUGGGACAUAGUUUUUAUUUGAACAAAAUUGCAGUUGAAAUGGAUCCUGUUACUGGUUCUGAAACUGAGAAGCUUUUUGAAGCCAUUGCAGAGUUUAUCAGCAAGCAUUAAUUGAAGGAGAAAAGAUAUUUGCAUGAGUAUUUAUAAGGUUAUGGCAAAAAUAAUUAAGCAUGGGUAUUUGUGAGCUUUGCAAGAGUAUUAGUUUGUUGCAGGUUGAAGAUUUUGGUGUACUGUCUAUCUUAAUUUUGUUGUUGUCACGUUUUAAUUGCCAAGAUUAUUAUUGAAAUAAAUAUAGUUGCUGUAUUCAGUUUUUUGGUGUUA